UCGCGCUUGGAGAUCUUGCGCUGCGUAUGUGACAAGAGCGGAGAGGAAGCGGGGAAACACUGGGGUUUAGGGUGCUUCAUCCCAAACGAGAGACUCGAUUCUUUUCACCAUGGACGCCAGGAUGCUGUAUUUGCUCGUUUUUUCUGCGGCAUUUUUCGCCGGGCUGCAGUGCGCCUCACCAAGGACCACAGCGGGGAUGGACGUCCCCACAGCCGGCUUCAGCAACAUCAGCAGCGGCGGCGGCAGCAGCGGGGAAACAGGGGGCAAACGAGACUUAAACCAAACCAUAAACUCCAGGCUUAAGAGGAAAACACUGGCUGUGGAUUUUGCCGUUCCCUCUCUGUUGCGCUAUUACCUUGCGGAGUUCAUAAAAAGACCGCUAAAUGGAGACUGCCAGACUUUCAGUGGAUGUUACACUGUGCGCGCAAACUUGAAAAUGCACUGCAUACCUCUGCAGAAAACCAUAGCUACUUUUGUGGACCCAAAGGACUCUGCACUGAGGAACAUGUCUGCUGAAGGACAGCUCCCCUUCUUCCAGAAGCGGCCGCUGUCCAAAGUUCUGAAAUUGGGCUUAACGAAAGCCAGCAGGAAAUCAAACCAAGUUGUGGUGGAAAUAGGAGAGGAUAUAGUGAAGACGGGAUGCGGAGGGUUGUCUGUGUUCGAGGAGGCCCCGGUGCUCACGCUGGAAAUGGACCUCACAACUAUUCUGGAGUGGUGGUUAGGGGCAGAGGGAGGCCGGCUAAGGGUCCGGCUCAUGCCCGAGAAGAAAGCGCAAGUGCCCGGGAUAGAGGAUCGUUACACCGCGGCUAUACGCGCUGCAGACCCCCGUCUCUUCCUUCAGAUAUCCUCUCGGGGUGAACCUUUGGCCGGUAGUAGAACCGCUGCCGGCAUUCCUAGAGGGUACUGGAGCUUCUCCUGGGUAGCUGAGGACGACCUGAGCUUUCCCAAUGACUCUGUGCCAGUGUCAGAUCCUCGCUGCCCUGGCAACAGCAGAAACUGUGAGCAGCACCUGGAGGAUCCCCCAGAGUUCACAUGGAGCAUUGUGGCUGCUGGAGACCUGCGAGAGGAAAGGAACGAGAAAAUGGAAAAGAAGGCAGGAAGCCCCCAGGGGUGGGAGGAAGGUCAGUUCUUCUGGGUGAACGGUUCGGCCUACGGUGGCCCCUGGGUGCUGAGUCCUUGGCUGUGGGGGGGCCAGGGUCCAUGCAGCCUGGACAUGGCCGUGUUCCUCCAUCCAAAGCAAAGUGGACAGUACACCAUAUGGCUUAUUGAGCGAGAUAAACCACCUCUAGCCCUCUUCUCCACUGAUACACUGCCACGCAUCACAGGCUGGGCAGUGGUCCAUCUCACCCUGGGGACCCACGGUGGAUCGGCUUUUCGGGUCUCAGCCAGCUACGAUCAGCGGAUUCCACAGGAUGACGCAGCCACCAUUGAACCCCACUUCACCACCAACUGCACCAUGAUGUCCUCUCCUGGUCCUAACAUCACUCUGGAGGGUCAGUACCACUGUCACCAAGGACCGGGGAUCCCACUGGACAAACUAUGUGACUUCACCACUGACUGUCCGCUGGGUGACGACGAAGGCGAGCGAUGCCGCCAGUUUCUCAAUGGCAGCUACUGCUCUUUUGAAGAGGGCGAGUGCGGUUGGCAGUCAAUAACGGGCCGUGGUCACUCCUGGAGAAGAGUCCAGUCUCAAUCCAAAGCUACCCGACAGAGCUGCCCUUCAUCAGGUGCUUCCUUUAGUGUGGAGGGAGGCCAGUCCAAAGGGCAGCGUGGCUCAGCAUUACUAAGGAGCCCUCUCUUCCCUCCUCCUCUAAGAAACUCUCGUUGCACGGUGCGUUUCUGGCUGUGCUCCGGAGGAUUACAGAGGGUUUCGCUGUCUCUGUGGAUCGUGGAGAACAGCACUGGCCCAGAUGAGCAGCGAAGACUGUGGCAAUCAGCCAAUGAACUCAAAUCUGAAAAAGGAUGGAAGCUCGUUAUUCUUCCUCUUUACGGCUUGGCAGACUGGUUCUGGCUGCAGUUCAGCACAGAAGAUGGACCUGGACCCGGUUCAGCCAUCUCUCUUGACAACAUCUCUUUUAGUAUGGACUGUUUCCUGGCAUCCAAUGGAGAGUUUCCACCUGUAGCCACCAGCACAACCAGGCUACCCCUCAGACCAACCACCAGGACCACACCGCCAUCAAUUGGAAGCCCUCUGAUGAACCCCCUCCCCCCAUACUCCAAAAAAUGGAUUUUUCAUACCUGUGGGGCUGUGGGACCUGAAGGCCCGACUCCCACGCAGUGCCUCAAUUCCUACAGGAACAGCAACGUCAACGUGACAGUGGGCACCCGAGGGCCCUUCAAAGGCAUUCAGAAGUGGCGAAUCCCAGAAACUGGCACUUACAGGAUAACAGCCUACGGUGCAGCUGGUGGUCGAAGCGUGUUGGCCAUGAGCAGGUCACAUGGUGUUUACAUCACAGGAGACUUCCUGCUGAGGAGGGACGAGCAUCUCUACGUCCUAGUGGGACAACAAGGAGAAGACGCAUGCCCCAGUUCCAACGCCAUGCUGAAUAAGAUCUGCCUGGAACAGAGCGGCCCGAUGGUGAACAAAACACAAGUGAAAGGCGGUGGAGGAGGAGGUGGAGGGGCUACAUAUGUGUUCAAGUUCGACAAAGGAGUGUAUACCCCCCUCAUCAUUGCUGCUGGGGGAGGCGGCCGGGGCUACAGCAGCCAAUCAGAGACUCAGCUGGAGCAGAUGGAAUACAACCCCAGCCAACCAGGACGCAAUGGGAAGUCCCACGCUGCAGGUGGAGGCGGAGGUUGGAAUGACACUGCUCCCGUCAGUCAAGGAGGCCGACCGCUGGUGCUGGGGAGCCAAGGAGGCCAGGCCUGUCAAAAGUUCUGGCAGACUCACGGUGGAUUUGGGGGCGGAGGGGGUGGCUGCAUGUCUGGGGGAGGCGGUGGAGGCUACAGAGGUGGUAAUACCUCUAUAGAAAACAACCCCAAACAUGACGGUGAUGAUGGAACAUCAUUCCUGGGUCCAGAGGGCAUCCCAUUCCUCCUUCCUCUGAAAGCUAUGGAGGGGGACGGUGAAGUGAUCAUCAGUCCGGUGCAGAACUGCAGCCACUGUGAGAGCGGCGAGUGCCACGAGAUCAAAGACAAAGUCGUCUGCUACUGUGAUGAGGAGCUCAUCCUGGCUCCAGACGGGGUGUCCUGCAUCAACGAAACAGAGGUGUCCCUGCUGCCUCCCCAGCCAUCUCUCUCCCACCUGGCACUGGGUUUGUCUGUGGGUACCUCAGCCCUCAUCGCCGCCCUGCUACUGGCUGUGUCCGGAGUCAUGAUAAUGUACAGGCGCAAACACACAGAGCUGCAGUCUAUUCAGCUGGAGCUGCAGAGUCCAGACUGUAAACUCAGUAAGCUGCGAGCCUCCACCAUCAUGACCGACUACAACCCCAACUACUGCUUCGCGGGAAAGACGGCAUCAGUCAAUGACCUGAAGGAGGUGCCACGGCGUAACAUCUCUCUUACCAGGGGUCUGGGUCAUGGAGCUUUUGGUGAGGUCUAUGAGGGGCUGGCUGUGGGGAUACCUGGUGAACCGAGUCCAAUGCAGGUGGCAGUCAAGACCCUUCCUGAGGUUUGCUCUGAACAGGAUGAGUUAGACUUCCUCAUGGAGGCGCUAAUCAUUAGUAAGUUCAGCCACCAGAACAUUGUGCGAUGUAUAGGAGUCAGUCUGCAGGCCAUGCCCAGGUUCAUCCUGCUGGAGCUGAUGACCGGUGGAGACUUGAAGACUUUCCUGAGGGAGACCAGACCCCGGCUGGAGCACCCAUCCAGUCUUAGCAUGGUGGACCUCCUCAACAUAGCCAGAGAUAUCGCUAAGGGCUGCCAGUAUCUGGAGGAGAACCAGUUUAUACACAGGGACAUCGCAGCUCGAAACUGCCUACUUACCUGCAAAGGACCAGGCCGGGUCGCAAAGAUCGGAGAUUUCGGGAUGGCUCGAGACAUUUACAGGGCGAGCUAUUACAGGAAGGGGGGGCGUGCCAUGCUGCCAGUGAAGUGGAUGCCACCUGAAGCCUUCAUGGAGGGCAUCUUCACAUCUAAAACGGACACUUGGUCAUUCGGGGUUCUGUUGUGGGAGAUUUUCUCUCUGGGCUACAUGCCCUAUCCAAGUCGCAGUAACCAGGAAGUGCUGGAGUUUGUCACCAAUGGUGGAAGGAUGGAUCCACCUAAAAACUGCCCGGGCCCGGUGUACCGUAUAAUGACUCAGAGCUGGCAGCAUCAGCCUGAAGACAGACCCAACUUCUCAACUAUCCUGGAGAGAAUCGACUACUGCUUACAGGACCCUGAUGUGGUGACCAUGCUGCUGCCUGUAGAGUACGGACCCCUUCCUGAGGAGGAGGAGCGUGUGCCACUUCACUCAGACGACCCCUCGGCUCAGACUGUGCUGGUGAACGCCCAGGUGCCUGAUGGGGAGGCUCCACAGCCGCCCCCAUCCUACCCUUCAGACGAGAGCCGCAGAGGUGGGGAGCAUGCCAUCAUCACUAGCACACCGUCAGAGGCUAAAGCACAGAUGUCAGCCCAGCCGCCGCCAUGCCUCCACCAGCACCAGCAGCCUCACACACAGACCUCUGUUGCCAUGACAACCAGUAACACAGUCACCUGCACGGCCACCUCCACUCUCACUGCCAAGGGACCUCAUGUCACCACCCAGCCUGGCCCUGAGGGAGGCCACGUCAACAUGGCUUUCACCCAGGGCCACCCACCGGAGAAGGAGGGCCACAGUGGGAAGAGCACCAGUCUGUGGAACCCGACGUAUGGCUCGUGGUUCCUGCAGCAGAGGAAGCAGCAGCGGCAGGUGGGGGUGGGUGCAGCAGGAGUGAGCAGUGGCAGGGUCCCAGGAGAAGGGCAGGAGCAUGUGGGCCGGACUGUGGCUGAGGUGGCGGGGGCACUGGGUCUCCAGCACCAGCACAAGCAGUUCCAGCACCAGCUCCAGCAGCAGCACCAGCUCCAGAUGCUGCAUCAUCAGCAGCAGCAGGGUCUCUGCAGACCUCUGCUACCUCCACCCCCACCUCCUGCUGCACAGUCCCCACUGCUGUUAGAUUCAGCUGCUCUGCCCCCGGUCCCUCUCUACAGACUGAGACGGUUCCCCUGUGGGAACAUUGGCUACGGCUACCAGGAACAAGGUGUGCCGCUGGAGACCACCCACGGUAACCCGAAUCCCACCCCAUCCCAGCAGGGCGCCACAAUGCCCACAGCAGCCCACCAGAGGGGGGCCUCAAUCCCCACCUCCAUGUCCUUGGGCCGGUCAGGCAUCUCUGAGGAUAAUCGACCCCUCUUGGUUACUAUGGGAACAGUACAAGACCCCAGAAUGCCCAGGAUGGAGGGCCACAACGCCACCGUGCUUUAGCCCCAGCGUCUUUUUGCUGGUUUAAUUCUGCCACCGUCUUUAGACUGUGCUCAGAACACGUGACAGGAAACAAUGUGUCAGGACAGUUUCACAACACCCCUACCGUCCACUUUGGUUUCUUCUUCCAGCUGGGAAAGAACUCGUCUCACCGAAACAGAACUGAGUCAGUCCUUCAGGCUUUCCCGUGAGACCCCUGGAGGUGUGUUUAACUCCAAAACGGAUGCUAAAGCACAUCAGAAAACUGAAACAGCUUUGGGAGGCAAAAUGAAGAGUAAAGGCUAGUUUUAAGAGUUAAAAAAUGUAUUUUUUCAACACUGGAGGGAAAAAGAAUUUUAAAAAAAGGAGUUUGUGGCACUGAAGGAAACUUUCCAUCUUCUAAAGAUCAGGAGUGAGCACAUUUGCCAUGGGCUCAGUGACAGAGGAGUUAAACCUUACAUAUGAGAAUGAUCACGAGGAGGAUUCAAAUCUCUCUAUUUUGCCAGACUUCUGACUUUGAGUCACAAACUGUGGUGACCUGUUUGACUGAAGCAACUGCAAAGUUGUUUCCAGCUUCUGGCUGUGUGUUUCUGUUCUCCUGCAGAAUCCUCACUGUUCCUGAUCCACAUCCUUUUGAAAAAACAACAGAGCGCUAAAUAACUUGUAUCAGACUAUUUUUCAAGGAUAUCACAGAAUCAGACACUGGAUUACCAGAGACAUUUAUACAAAAAAAGAAAAAAAAAACACUGGGAAAAACGUGGUUGUUGAUGUUUGCUUGCCUGCUUGUUUAUUUAUUCAUUUGUUUAUUUAUUAUUUGGAAGUGACUCUAUAAAUUAUUCAUGAACAUG